CGUGGGGCGCACGCGUGCAUGUUGUACGCGUUCAGUCGUUCUCACGAUAACGCGACUACGCUGCUGAUACUUGAUGUCGAUAUUCGAAACAAAUAGAAGAAAAAGAAGAAAAACAUGUCCGACAUGUAGAUCAUAUCGAGCUCGGCUUACAAAACGCGGAUAUGCAGAUGAGACGAGUGAUUGAGUUACGCGCGUGUCACUUAUCAAUGACAAGUGUAACAUGGGCACAUAUCAACAAAAGUCGCGUGCUUCGCCGCAAUCGUGAACCCCCGCUAAACAGAACUGGAUAAGUCAGUGAAAAGUCGGAGAUGACCAGACCCUGACUUGAGUCUCUACAUCUGCUGCCAUCGCAGCGCUACCAUCGAAGCCGACGGCAAAGUCGCGAGUCACGUCGCCGGCAUAUACGAGCUCCGCAGUCGCGCGCCUGUACUCUCAGCAGCUGAAGUGGGAUUUGUGACGUGCGUGUGUCAUCGCAUUUCCUUCGGAGAAAAACGUCUUUUCGUUUUAACGUUGUUUUCUGUCAAAUUCACGUGCGUGUCUGUCUCUCUCUCUCUUUUCCUCCCUCCCUCUCUCGCUCUCUUUCUCCCCUCUCUCUAUCUGUCCAGCGAACUAUCUCUUUUUACCGUAACACAGUCUUAUUCUUUCGUUGGACAAUCGAAGGCAGAAGUGCGCUUUCGCGUUAUCGAAAAAAAGACGGACAGUGUGAGAGUUGAAGAGAAAAGAAGAUGUAUAUAAAGUGAAAGAGUAGAGAGAGGGAGAGAGAGAGAACGCAAUGGCAGAGUGAGGGAAACAAAAUGGUAGAGGGGCGGAAGAGAGAGAGAAAGAGACGAACAUGUUCGGACGGUGACGAACGGCAAAGAGUGCAACGAGGACACGGCAAUCAGUCGCGCUUUCGCGAGAGGCGAGGUUAAACGCGACGUUGUUUGCAAAUUCGUGACUGUUUUCUUUACUUCUCUCUCCAGGAGACUCAUAUUCGUGAAUUUUCGCUCUUCUUGGGGAUACAUACGUAGUGCGGCAAUAAAGGAGCAAAGUGACGUGUUACACAUGUGUAUUGAGUGUGUAUAAGUGCUGUCUGAAUUUGGAAAUUUCGAGGACCGAGGAUAAAUCGGAACAUCUACAUCAGGAUUUCUACCCUACGUAUCCUGUUAUAUAUAUUGAGGCAACAACGGACAACAAUUCAACUAUGAAUAUGCAACAAAUUUUCGUACAUGUCAAGAUACGGCGGAGGCUGUGAUUACUUUAUUUCUAUUUUAAAUCGGUUGAAUCUAAUGAUUAGAAAUUAUAAUUUUAUCUUCCAAUAAUCGAUAUUUAUCGAAAGGCAUUUUUUUAGUCACUAAAAACGCUGUCGUAAAGUAAUGAGAAAGACACAGAAUUAAGUGACAAUAGAAACGAGAAGCGCCAAAGUGUUGGCUGAAAACAAAGACGACAGGACUUGAGUUAUAUCACGAGAAGAGGAUCUGUCACGGUGGCCAGUUUAGUAAGCGGCAACGUAGCAGUGCGAUACAAUGAAGGGUCGGAGGUUGUUGUUACGGGGGAUGUCAUCCUGGCAGCCUCAUCCCGGCUAAGAGGAACGGUUGAUCCGUUAACCACGACGACGACGACGACGACGUCCUCCAACAUGGAUACCAGUGGCGAUUCGAGUAUGGACACCACUAAUAGCGGCCCCGCUGCUACAGGUGUCGGCGCGAUCGCUUCCGUCGUCGCCAGUGCCGCAUCUUUGACGCUGGUUAAGUCAGAAAGGCCGGACCAUCUCGCGGGAACGUCGACGUCGCCCGCGACGGUGACCGCCGUGGCCGCUGGACCGAUCGGCACAGGAAGUGGUCUCUUCGCCAGUAUCGCUAAUAGCAAUAAGACAGCUAGAUCGGACGAUUGGCUGGCGACAAACAGUCCUGAAUCGCCGCAAAGCUCUUUGAAUCAGCACGUGGUUUACACCGCUUCGCAGCAAUUGUCGGAGCAACAGCAGCCUCCUCUAGCGCACUCCAGUCCGCUCACGCAUCAACAGCAGCAAGUCAGCAAUAAUGGAUACGCAAGUCCGAUGAGCACCAGCAGCUACGAUCCAUACAGUCCCAAUGGUAAAAUUGGUCGGGACGAAUUGUCUCAGCCAGGUUCAAUAAACGGCUACGGAAGUAAUUCCGGGGGUGGCGGUGGCAGUGGCAAUGGUGGCGGCAACGGCGGCGGCAGUGCAAGCGGUGGUAGUGAAGCGUGUGACUCGAAGAAAAGAAAAGGACCCACACCACGGCAACAGGAAGAACUGUGUCUUGUAUGCGGCGAUCGUGCGUCUGGUUAUCACUACAAUGCUCUGACGUGCGAGGGCUGUAAAGGUUUCUUUAGACGCAGCAUCACCAGAAACGCCGUAUACCAGUGCAAGUAUGGCAACAACUGCGAGAUCGACAUGUAUAUGCGCCGCAAGUGCCAGGAGUGUAGGCUGAAAAAGUGCUUGACAGUCGGCAUGAGGCCAGAAUGCGUUGUACCCGAGUAUCAGUGUGCGGUGAAGAGAAAGGAGAAAAAAGCGCAAAAGGAAAAAGACAAACCGAAUAGUACGACGAUGAACGGUUCACCAGGCAGCGCCGGAAUGGGUGAACAGAUGGGCGUCAAAAUCGAACCAGCGGAAGCCGAAUCGUUAUCCAUGUCCGGAAGUAGCGGCAUUCUUACUCCCGUCAGUCCUUACGCCCUAAAGCCCAUCAGUCCUGAACAGGAGGAGCUGAUAAACAGGCUCGUGUCUUUUCAAUGCGAAUUUGAGCAACCGAGCGAAGAGGACUUGAAAAGGAUUACCAAUCAACCAAUGGAAGGCGAGGAUGCGAGUGACUAUAGUUUCAGGCACAUCACCGAAAUCACGAUCCUGACUGUUCAGUUGAUUGUUGAAUUCUCGAAAAGGUUACCCGGUUUCAACGAGCUGCUGCGCGAAGAUCAGAUCACCUUGCUGAAAGCAUGCUCCAGUGAGGUGAUGAUGCUGCGAAUGGCGAGAAAGUACGACGUGCAAACUGACAGCAUUAUUUUUGCUAACAAUCAACCGUACACGCGUGACAGUUAUAAUGUCGCGGGAAUGGGAGACACCAUUGAAGAUCUUUUACGAUUUUGCCGACAAAUGUACGCCAUGAGAGUCAACAAUGCUGAAUAUGCUUUGCUCACCGCUAUUGUAAUUUUCUCCGAGAGGCCCAACUUGCAAGAAGCAAAAAAGGUGGAGAAACUUCAGGAGAUUUAUCUGAAGACAUUGAAAGCGUACGUGGAUAAUCGUCGUCGACCGAAGUCCGGUACGAUCUUCGCUAAGCUCUUGUCGGUUCUAACCGAGCUUAGAACCCUUGGCAAUCAAAACAGUGAAAUGUGCUUGAACCUGAAAUUUAAGAACAAAAAGCUGCCACUUUUUCUCGCCGAAAUCUGGGACGUGGUGCCCUAGUUUCCCAGUGGCCGAUCAACGGCGAUUGCGCCGGUCGGCUGAACAAACUUUUUGACGUCGAAGUAGCAGCAGCAGCAGCAGCAGCAGCAGCAGCAGUAACGGCGUUGACGCAUGGACGUGGAAAACGGCCUGCGCGACUCAUACUAGUGCACCACUAUGCCACUGCCUCACCGUCGCAAGUCAACAUAUUGUAUCAGACGCCGUUUUAGAUUCAUUACGGUCAUUUGUUCUUUCUCGAUGAUCGAUCACUUCUAGAUUUCCGACCUGGACUGAUCGAUCUUUGUACAGUUUGUAAAGACAACCAUAAAUAAGCCGGUCCCACUCGCAUGUGAUAUUACGCGGAUAAAAUUUAGAAUUUAUGGCGGUGUGUAAAAUAAUACAGUUUGUUUAAAAUGGAUGUAUUAAUGACAAUGAAUGCAAUGUAAAGGUAAUUCAAAGGAUAUUCGCAGGGAUCACCCUGAAGGUAAAGGUAAUUCAAAGGAUAUUCGCAGGGAUCACCCUGAAGGUAAAGGUAAUUCAAAGGAUAUUCGCAGGGAUCACUCUGAAGGAACCGCCUUCUUGGUCAUCACGGUACCUCAUUGUAUGAAACGCUCAUGGUAUGAAUGCAAUGUAACUCUGUGAUAAAAAAACGGAUAGCUACUCCAAAGUAUUGGAGUAUGUAUUGGGUACAUGGAUAAUAAAAGAUUCUGAAAACCGAGGCUUUAGACAUGGUAUUGAAUCUAUACAAUCUGUGGAGCUAUCAAUUCUCCACAGAUCUGUCUCUAAAAUCUAUAACUUCUGUAAUAUACAUCUAUCGGGGAUCAGAAUCAUCUCUAUCCAUUGAUAUUCUUUCUCGUUUGCAAAAUUGCCAAUAUUUGGAAUGCUUACGUGAAUACGCGAGCCACGUGGGACCGGCUCGAGAGUGAAGAGAAGGGUAAGGCCCCGCACGUUGGAAACGCGCGCGUUCCAACGGCAGCGGUGAACGAGAGACCCCUCUGUGGAGUGGGAACAAGAGCGAAAGAUUAUAUACAGUUGUGAGAGAAAGGCAGUGGCGCGGCCCAGGCUGUGAUACAGAACAGUACAGAAUGAAGCUACCUGCAAUUUACAUUUUAUCGCUAUUUCCCUUACCUGGAUACAUCCUUACACACAAACGAUAUGUAAAUGUAAUGUAUUAUAUGAUAAGGUACUGAUAUAUCGGACGAAUCACGUUCGUCAUUCAUGAGAAAAUGAAUAGCGGCAAGUGCGUUUAAUCUGAAGGUGGGAAAGGGUGGAAGGUAUAUUAACAGGUUUGAGAAUAGGUGAAUCGUGAUAAUGAUGAUGAUUAAUAAUUUAAAUAACGUCGGUAAAUCGACGAUACCGCUCGCGAGAAGAGAGAAGAAAGUUCCAGGAUUAAAAUCCUUAGUCAUCAAUAAUACAGGUUUCUCCCAGGUUUUUGGCGGUAAGAAGAGCGAAUAAAGUCCAUGGACGCUGUUGAGCAGCGUUAUACAAAUGGCGCGUAAAGUUAAAAAAAAGAAAAAAGAUACGAUAUGCAUAACAAUACCAUAGAGUCUAUAUCACCCAUACACAUACAGCAUAAUAUAUCUUGCUAGGAUGUACAUUGUUUAUACCAGAGAAAAGGAGAGAGAGCGUGAAGAAGUAGGCGUGUAUGUGCGCGCGUAUGUGAAAGAAAGAGAGAGAGAGAGAGAGAGA